GGCGCCUGAGACCGGCGGCGCGGUCAGUGGCGGCUCCGAGGAUAGUGGUUACCGCCAUGAUCGAGCAGCCAAAGCGCAAAGGCCCGGAGCUACCACUGGUUCCUGUCAAGCGGCCGCGGCAUGAGUUGCUGUUGGGAGCGGCGGGGUCCGGCCCCGGAGCCGGACAGCAGCAGGCGACUCCGGGAGCUUUGCUACAAGCGGGGCCCCCGAGGUGUUCGUCCCUGCAAGCCCCAAUCAUGCUGCUCUCGGGGCACGAAGGAGAAGUGUACUGCUGCAAGUUUCACCCCAAUGGAUCCACCUUGGCAUCUUCAGGAUUUGACCGACUUAUAUUAUUGUGGAAUGUCUAUGGUGACUGUGAUAACUACGCUACAUUGAAGGGACACAGUGGCGCAGUGAUGGAACUGCAUUAUAACACAGAUGGCAGCAUGCUCUUCUCAGCAUCGACAGAUAAGACGGUGGCUGUGUGGGAUAGUGAGACAGGCGAGAGGGUGAAGAGGCUGAAGGGACACACGUCCUUUGUGAACUCCUGUUAUCCAGCCAGGCGGGGCCCCCAGCUCGUCUGCACUGGCAGCGAUGACGGCACAGUUAAGCUCUGGGACAUCCGCAAGAAAGCAGCUAUCCAGACAUUUCAGAACACUUACCAGGUGCUGGCUGUGACCUUCAAUGACACAAGCGAUCAGAUUAUCUCUGGUGGAAUAGACAAUGAUAUCAAGGUUUGGGACCUGCGUCAAAACAAACUAACCUACACCAUGAGAGGCCAUGCAGAUUCUGUAACUGGCUUGAGUUUAAGUUCUGAGGGAUCUUAUCUCUUGUCCAAUGCAAUGGACAAUACAGUGCGUGUCUGGGAUGUCCGGCCCUUUGCUCCCAAAGAAAGAUGUGUGAAGAUAUUUCAAGGAAAUGUGCACAACUUUGAGAAGAACCUCCUGCGGUGUUCUUGGUCACCUGAUGGAAGCAAGAUAGCUGCUGGCUCAGCAGACAGGUUCGUGUAUGUGUGGGACACUACGAGCAGGAGGAUCCUGUAUAAGCUGCCUGGCCAUGCUGGCUCCAUCAAUGAAGUGGCGUUCCACCCUGAUGAGCCUAUCAUCCUCUCAGCAUCCAGUGACAAGAGGCUGUAUAUGGGUGAGAUUCAGUGAAGAUUUGGGAUGAAAGGCUCCCCAGCUGUGUGACCUGAGGCUCAUGCUACAUUAUGACCAGAGUCAUAUGGUGUCCAAGCUGACCUGCCGUCAGAUGACCGUCAUUAGCAAGCAGCUGGAGGUGAUGGCCGUACUCCAGCAACCAUUUGUACCCCAUUUACAGAACAGCUGUGGCCUCUGGUACCACCUGCCACAUUUCAGGGAUUGGUUUCUUUCUUUCUUUUUUUUUUUUUUUAAAUAAGACUUCUUCAGAGGGACAAACAUUGGUUUGAGGUCUCCUGUUUUUUAACCUAUGCUGGAAACAGGGAAUGUCAGUUAAAAUUUGUUGAAUUUGUUUUCUGUUUAUUUUAAAUUGAGUAACUGGCUUGUAUGAUAUUUUUCUUUCUUGUUUGAGUCAUUUUGUAUUAAAAAUCCAAACAGAUAACCUU